AAUUUGUAUGAAUAAUUGAAGACAAAUACAAUUUGUGUAAUGUUUAAAAACGAAUAUCUGCACAGUCGAUAGAAAUGAAGGAACAAAUCAGCGAUGUUUGGGGAAAAACCAAUGAUUUUUGGCUUCAGGACUUCUGGGGAAUGGCCUGGGAGUCUACGCGUCAUGCAGCAGUGCCCUUCGGUUGUUAGCCACAUCCCUUAGCACUUAGAUUUCAGAGAAAUUCCAAGAAUGUACUUCAGGACGUCUAUGAAAAUCGUCAUGGUAGCAUUUGCGCUGCUUUUGGCCGUGACAUUUCGCAUAACUCUGCCUUGGAUCCUUCGACUGGAUGGGAUAAUCUAUCUGCAGAACUAUACCGCAACAGCCAUCGAAUUUUAUCUGGCCAUAACGAGUCUGAUUGGGAUUAUCAUUAUACUAUUUUUAGUGAGCUUUCUACUGCUAGAUUUGACGUCUGAUUGGAUUGCUUUGUGGUACAUACCGCUGUCAAUGUGGGCCAUGUAUUGGACCUAUUGCACAUUUUUAGGUGACCUCAGAAAACUCCGGCUUAAGGCGGACAUGGAGGAUCUAGCGGAGAAGUGGGUGAAAUAUAUCAACACAAAUGACACCUACUGGACGGAACUUGAAUUGAAGCUGCACUGCUGUGGCUUUGAUGGACCCCGCUGGUACAUGCAUUACCUGCGUAGGAUCCCCCAAUCCUGCUAUAAACCCCAUCUUAUAACUGAGGGUUGUCAAAGUGUACUCCAUGGCACAUUUGAUUCGAUUCACACCAUCGCCUUUAUGCUGUACAUAACUGCCAUCUUUCUGGAGUACUUCAUUUUGGUCUUUUAUGUGGGUUUUCUGUUUAAAGAGAGAUUUUCGACUGUGCUUCAAAAGAAACAAAUGAAAUUUUUAGGGAAAUUAAAAAUAUAAGAAUAUUUAUAAAUGA